AUGACGUCGCCGCCGGUGUCUUCUGGGUAUUGUAACGGAGACGCAAAAGAACACCAUUACCCACAAUGCCUCGCUUUGUGUUCACACGCAGAAAUGGCGGCCACCUCUCGGAACGUGGAGAGUGUCACAGGGCUUCUAGAGAACUCUUUAUCUACACUGGGAUUUGAGGUUUACCCUCUAAAGGUCGGCUGGUAUAACUCGCUGCUGCCUGCCUCACUGCGGCUGGCCUCUCCAGAUGACAGCCUGGCUCUGGUGGUGCUCAGCACUCCUGCCAUGUUUGAACGAGCCUUCCUGCCGUUCAUGGAGGAGAGGGGCUGUCAGGGAGUGACAGACCCCAUAGACCAGUGUGUCAAACACUGUGUCACUACAGCUGUCUCACAGUGUUUCCCAGGACAGACGCUGGAUGUGAGAUUCGACUACGAGCUGCUUCCCAGCAGGAAACCAAAGUUCUUGGCGCAGACUGCAGCUCACGUGUCUGGAGCAGCUUUCUACUACCAACAGUCUGACGUCACAGAGCAUCCCUGGGCUGAAAGAAAGAUGUUUGGUGUGUGCGUGCAUCCCAGGUUCGGGGGCUGGUUUGCCAUCAGGGCUCUGCUGGUGUUUGGAGAUGUGACUCUGGGCUCCGAGGUGGUGCAGCCUCCUCCUCCUGACUGCGUGCCCACCAGAGAGGGAAGGAUACAGCUGCUGGAGGCUUUCAACCUCCGCUGGCAGGACUGGAGCUACAGAGACAUCAUCCCUCCCGUCCAGACCUACUCUCAGAAACAGAGGGACUACUUUUCCACUCCCCCAGCUCAGCGCUUUGCUCUGCUCAGGAGUUGGGGCCUCCUGCCGAAGGAGGACCACCAAUCUGAAAGCAACUCGUACGCACAGAGCGAGGAGGGCGGACACGGCUGAGAGAGAGGAACAGCGGCAGCAUGGACGUACAGACGAGUGAGAAAUUAACGGAAACAUUUGCAGAGAUACAGGAUGACAACACUCCCAUCCAAAGGUCACGAGGGGUCAGUGAAUAGUGGGAUGAUGAUGAGGAGUAUGAAAAUUAUGUGAAUCAUAUGCUCUGGCAUUCAAAGUCACCAGAUCUCCACCCAUGGUCGAUUUUCCACCGACAUGUUAAACAGCGUUCUGUAUCAACACCAUCAGAACACAGAACGAGUGCUGUCUAUCUGUCUGGUAGAGUCCAGACACUUGUAGCAUAAUUUCCAAGGUGAACUGAAGCUGUUCUGGGAGCUUGUGGUAGCCCAACACCUGACUAAGAUUCUGUAAAGCUGCUUUAAGUCAUACUCUAAUAUUUUUUCCAGAGGAGGUGCGUCUGUGCAGAAAACCUCCCACUGCGUUGUGCAUUUGUGAUGGGCAAAGUGUGGGUAAUGUCUGGACCUAAUUCUCCAGGUUUUACCCGCAGGUCAUGUCUGAAAACAGCCUAUGUUGCCUUUUUGUUUUAAUUUGCCACCCGUCUUUAUUUCUCAUUUACUAUGAGAACAAACCUCCACUGCUUGUCAGACUUGUAAUGAAAUUUUGUUUGAACCCGAUCGAUCAGCUGCAUAUUGAGACCAGAGCUAAGAUGCUGAUCUAAGCUGAUCUUAAAGGUUAUGUGAAAGCUAUUUUGUUGUAUGUGGGAUACUUUUCAGGGAUCUGUGUAAGAAUGGUUAUUCACACUACUUCACACUGAGUAAUAUUUGCCUGAAUAAAAGGCAACUCCUUUCAUUGUGUGAUGUCAUGAAAUCAUGACUUUACCAUUCAUAUGAAAUCAAUGGUCAGGGCCUUGUUGCUGUUCCUUUAAAAAGACAGUUAACAGAUGAAUAUAAUUUCUAUUUGAGUACAAUGUUUAAAAUAUUUUGUUGAAAUGUGGGGAAUGUUAAGAAAUCUAGAUUUGAUCUUAUUUCGAGAACCAGUCUUGUGGGGAAAAAAACCUGAGGAAACAUUUGUUCUGUCAUGUGCUACAAUAUUUUGAAGAAUACACUUUAUUAAAACUGUAGAUGUUUAUGUAGAAGGAUUUUAUUCACCAUAUUGGAUUGUGAAUAAUAGUAAAACUAUAAAUAUAUUUAAACAAGAGAGGCGUGUGACUCAAUGGAUGUGAUUUUAAGAAAUGUUAAACACCAUCAAGUAAGUAUGGCUAAAUGUAAGAAAGUUCAGCAUUUAAACAAAAUGUAAAUCAAUGAUUGCCGCUCUAAGUAAAGAACUUUUAGAAGAUAAUUACAGAAAUUUUUAUAAAGAUUUUUAUGAUCUUACCAUAGAUUGUACAUAAAGAUGGACGACACAUCUCCACUUCCUUCCACCAUCCAGAAAUGAAGCAGAAAUAUCCAGGGUACAAACGCUGCAAAUUUGCAAAUUUGGAGCAAGAGUCUGCUCAGUUGUGACACACAUGCUCGGCCAAUCACGAGCCACUCUCGGCUGUCAAUCAUUAAGUUCACCCUGUUUGUAUAGCAUCAAAUUAAAACCAAAGUUGCCUGAAAAAUGAACACGUGAACAAAUAUCGGUGUGAAGCUCCCUAAAAUGACACAAACCAUCUUUGAGUAAAAACAUAUUUCACAUUUGCUUUGGGCCAUGUCCUAUGUCAACCACUAGGGGGCGAUCAAGAUGCUUUGGCUUCACUUUGUGUAGCUGUCAUGUCGUCAUUAUUGCGUAUGGUUCAUAGCACCCCUUCUGUUAGCUAUCAAAGCAGGUACUUUACAAUAGUAGUAGUAUAAUUACUAGUUAAAUAGAGUUUAAUUUGCAUGUGUACUAGUUAUUUUGUGAAUACAAAUGAUUUGUGUUGUCCAUCAGUCUAUUUAUCUAAACUUGUUAUUGUCUCAGUUGUUUUGUAUUCAGUUCUCCAGACAAACGUUUUGAUGCAUUAUAGAUGUGAGCUGCCUCUGCCCCGGUGCAGCCUGGUGACAGACUAAUGACUUUCAACUGGGACUGCCCCCUUCUGUCACUGGGUCAGCACCCACACCGUCACCCAGGUUUCUCAUGAACACCUAAAAGCUGCAUCCAACCACCAGUGGACGUGCACUGAGCAGCUCUCCGGGCAAGUGAGGGGUUAACAGUAGCUCUGCAGUAGAUAUUCACAGCUGGUCAUGUCUGUAGUUACUCCUCUAGAUGUCGCUCUUGUCUUGAUAAUGCAGGUUGUGCCUUUGUGCUGCUGUAUCUGUACUCUGUACUUAGAAAAAGUUAAGUAGGGACUCUGCAGAUAUCCUGCAUCACAUUUUAGACAAUACCAUCUACACACUGUUACACAGCCCAUAGAUCUUACACUGUAUUCAAUUGGUAGAUUAGUUCUAACUCUCAUUAAACGUGCAAAAUUUGCAGAAGUCA